UAGAGCGAGUCGGAGAGGGUGAGUUUGUAUCGGAAGGGGACGAAGGAACCACUGAUCCUUUUUCUCUUUGCAUUUCACCUUUGGGGGAAAGAAGAAGUGUGGAACCGGGGGCUGAAGGAAAAAAAUAUAAGAACAUGAAAGAAAGAAAUCGUCAUUAACUCACUACGAAGAUCUUUCUUUCCCUCUUGAUAUCCAUCUCGCACCUCUCUCAGUUUAAUCUUAAAUCCACUCCAAAGUCCCCAGAGGGACAAUUCUCUAUUUUUCUUGAGAGACAGAAGGAGAGGGGUCCAUUCCUCCUGGUAGAGUGACACCAGGAAUUUCCUCUCUCUCCCUGUGCUGCCCGUCAUCCCCCCCCCCACCUUCCCCCCUACCACCAUGACGCUGCUGGCCUCCGAGAGGUCUCUUCUCAUCCGGAACAAGUUCCGCUCAGUCCUGCAGUUGAGGAUUCAGAACCGAAGGCAGAGUGAAAUCAAUGCAGACACUGGCGUGAAGUCUGAGUGCUCCCCUAAAAAAGCAGAGAAAGACCAGAGCGAAGCGCCACAUCGGACCGACGGUGGCGCCGCUCAGAAGUUGCCCCCUUGUGGUCUCAACACUGACACUGCACAAGAGAGGACAGCGUGUGGGGCCCAGAGGCAGAAGAAGUCUCGCCAGACGCAGGACCUCACUGAGAGGAUCCAACGUCCACCUGGGCCCGUGGAGCACAAACACACACCGGCCCUAGAGAGCCGCCCUGCCUCUUUCUCUCUGUCUGCUGAUGUCUUCGAAGAUGACAUUUCAUCCUGCCCCUCCUCCUCGCCCCCCGAGCAACGCAGCGCUCGCCAAUCACCAGAUUUUACGUCACUGCCGGGGCUCUCAGGUGACCAAUUACUGAGUGACUUCUCAGCCGUGGGCUCGUCCCUCAACCACAGCCCUUGUCACGCUCAGUCUAGUUUGGCGUUGCUCCCGGCAACCGAGGGCAUCAGACAAUCUAUGAGUGUAACACUGAGUGAAUCAAACUCCAUGGCAACAACUGGGAGACCAAAUGGGAUGUAUAUGACCUCUCAGACCACACCCCUGCUGCCAAAGACAGCAAGGCCUCACAGCCCAACCUGCUCCUCCUCAUUACCUUCCUCCAUCACCUUCAAACCACGGAAACCACGGGACACCAAACCCAAAAUGAGGAAACUCAAAUAUCACCAGUACAUUCCUCCUGACCAGAGAGGAGGGUCUGGGACUGGAGGGGGAGCCAAACAGAAGAGCCCUACCCAGUCUUUGGACCCGGCCUACUCCCACCUCCUGAAGCAGCAGCAGGUCUACCUCCAGCUGCAAAUCCACCAGAACCAGCAACAGCAACUACAACAGCAACAACAACAGCUCACUGUUCCCAGCGGAGAGCAUAAUGAUCUUCUGUCCUCUGGAGCCGCGCCCCUUAAUCCACAACCUUCUCCCGCCACCGCCAACCACAACCCGACAGACGCGAACCCCGGGUCCAAGCCGGAGAUUCUCCCCGCAAAUCUCGUUGACCUAACGGUGUCCGAGUUGCGACAGCAGCUGCGCAAGCGCGGCCUCCCGGUCUCCGGCACGAAGCCCGCCCUGCUGCAGCGUCUCCGCCCGUUCCAGCUGACCCGCUCCUGCCUCGCCCCCGCUCCCCUCUGCCAGCCGGGUACCGGCCUGGUGCCGCUCACCCCUUGCCCCCCGCCGCUGCCGGGCCAGAGCCCCGGCUCCAGCUCCAGCUCUGGACGAGACUCCCCCGGCAGCAGCCCGAACCAACGGAUGUACACCCCGGACCGGGCAGCUCCUCGCGGGACUCUCAGUGACGCUCAGAGGGGGAUCCUGAACAGCGUGACCGACGCUUUCCCCAAUACGGCGCCGGUCAGCUUGGCUGGCGAACAGUGUCUUUCCAACGCGGCCUUCCCGGGUCCCGCCAGCACCGCCUCGGGAACUCCGAGUCCCAGUCUGCCCAUGUCGUCGUCGUCGUCGCCGUCCCCCCUGCAGUGCGGCGCUCCUUGGAGAACUGAGAACCAGCAGCAGCGGCAGCAGCAGCGGGAGCUGAGCGUGGAGCUGGAGAUGAGGGAGAGGUUACGGAGCAGGCCCAGGGACCACUGCGCUCACAGCGGCAACGAGUCUGGUGGAGGAUCCCUUCAUCCGUUCCUGCAACAGGAUCCCGGAUGCUCCAGACGGAGACCAGAACCGGACACGCAGACCGAGGUGUUGUUUACGCAGGUGUUUUGCUGCCAACCGUGCGAUAUGAUUGGCCAGGACUUUGAGCUGCCAGUGCAGAUUACAGCAAGUCCAGUGCAGACGUUGUCCUGCGUUCGCAGCUUGGAGGAAGAACUGCAGGAGGCCAUCCAGAAAGCACAGAUGGACCCUCGGCAAUCCAUAGAUGACAUUCUGGAUGAGCCUGUGACUUGUGUUCGCUGCGUGAACGUCUGCGAUCAUAAAUCCCCUCCCCACUCAGUCCCUGGCCCCUCGCCUCCUCCUCCUCAGGGCGAUCAGUCCCAGCUCCCCCAGCUGCACAAGGACAGCUUCCUGCCCUCACCUCUUUGCUCCUCUCUCUUGCUGGAGCUCCCUCCGUCUCCUGCAGUGAUUAACCCCAACCACGUGAUCGCUGCUCCCCCGCCGCCACCCAUCUGCACCUCCCCUCCGCCGUCCACCGGGAAGCCGCGCAAGCGCCGGGCCGCAGCGGCGUUCGACGCCGCCGACUGGCUCGAAACCCUCUCGUCGGGACUCCGGCCUCUUACUCCGCCGGCAGCUCCGUUUGUGGAGUCGGACUUCGGCCUGGAUUCAGAUCUGAAUGUCAGUCGAGUGUUGGAUCUGAUGAUAGAGAAGUGGUGAGGGUACGUGUGUGUGUGCGCGUUCUGUUUGUAUGCACAGUAGGUUUGUGUGUCUUGAAGGUCACGAAUGGGGCACACGUGCAUCUCGCUGAGAGAACAGUGUUGUGAACAGCGGGCCUCCGUCCUUCAUUGCAAGGCCGUCAGAGUCACCGGCUCCACGCAAUGUCGGGAGCUGGAACAGAUUAAACACGGCGUUGAUGGGGCGACGGGGUGCACGCGCACAAGCACACACACACACGCACAGACGCUGCAGAACGCUGUUCAAAGGCACCUGGGAUCUGCAAGAAAUGGAAAACACAAGCAACACAUCUGAGGAUUGACACACUCCACAGCAGAAUGUUUGCGGUGCCAAACAAAAGAAAUCCUGGUGGCACAUUCAUUUAAACACACUUUUUCCCGGGUCUCGCCGGGAGAAUGUUGUUUUCUGACUUAUCUCCAAGACCCGUUGUCGGAUUGGGUUGAGUGUGGCCCCCGGUGUUGACUCAGUCAUUGAGUCCCAGCCAUUCAUGAAGCCCAUUUAGAGUGUGUAAAAGCCAGAGAGAGCACACAGCUUGCGUGUGGCUCCAGACCUUAAACCCCGAUGCCAGACACACAGUCGGCAUGCAGAGGGAGAAAGCUGGCAGAAGUUGCAAACAAGCAGUGUGUGCGCGUGCUCGUGUGUACGUGCGCGCGUGUGAGCGAAAGCUUGUGUUUUGUGAGAAGUGCGUGUGUGUUCAAUAUGUCUGACUGUGUGUGUCUAAGCACACAAGGCUGCUUCUGUUUGCACGCGUCAACAGCCAACUGCUUCCAUGUACAUUUAUUAGCAUUAACGCCAAAUGCACUUGUAGUUUUUUGUUUGCUUGCAAUUAAGUGUGCGUGUUUGUGUGUGUGUGGUAUGUUUGAACUGUGAGAGGAUGCAUGUGAAAGACACAGAAAACAAAAGCUGUGGAUCGGUGUGUCCACAUUUGAGACCAGACAUUUCACUGGAGGCUCAUUGCCAACUCCAGUGUAGUUAUCCAGUGUAAUCAUCAGAACAGCCACAUUACCUUGUUCAAGUCAGCGUUCUCCAGGAGAGCAAUCAGGCAAUCGCCCCGAAAAUAGUCCCCAUAUAAAUGCUCCAAUCAGAGAAGUUAAGAGUUUUCCUCAUCGCUUUGCAAAGACAGGUGGUCAUUUUGUUCCCUGAUUAACCUCCAACUGCGCCUGGCGGCGCUGCGCGGUGCUUACGCUGCUACUGGCCAAGCCAGAUUUGGCACAAUUUAUGACCCAAGCCCGAGGCCACACUAGUUCACCUGUAAAUUAAUUCCACACAUGUAUCAUUUGACAUUGUUAAAUAUGUGCUGUAUAUUUCAAUAUACAAAACGACCAUUUCAUUAAGAGAAAAUGCACUGUAGAAUUAGCAUGAAAUAAUGUUUGUGGAGAAUAGGUAGCAUGACCAGGGGAGAGCUGGUCUGGUGAAGCUGUUGCGGUAAAUACUGCAAAUUUUCAUAAAGGUGACAAAGAUCUUUCUUCUACAUGAUUAACUGGCCUUGCAAAAAGUGAACACAUUAUUUAUUUGCAUAAUACACAUUGAGUUAUGAACCCACUUAACACAAUGACAUUAGUGAGAAAAAUUAGCUAGUUAGCAAGAGGUUAGCUAGCGUCAACCUGCUAUACCACAUAAAUGUAAUUUAGAUACAUUAAGUUAUAUUCUGCCCUUUAAUUAACUGUAUGUUUAAUCAACCAUUCAGUAGAGCUCUGAUUGGUUCAUUCAUAUCUGAAAAGUGUGUAUAAUCUGACAACUAACUGGAUGUCCUUCUGUAAGGGCUCAAAAAAAAGCUCCGCUUUUCUCCCCUCCUCAUUCUCAAAAGUAUUGUGUUAGAAUAAAAGUGAAGUGCCGAGUGCAAUAUGAUUGUGUAAAGGGCACAUCGAUCUGAAGUCAUCAUGUCAUAUGUUUGUACGCAAUUAUUUCAGUGUUUUUGCAUGCCAGGUCUUUGUUCUAGUGAUAAACUGGUGUCUUACUACGCAAGACAACUUUGGAAAUGAUUGGAAGAAGAUAUCUGUGCACAAGCAAACCUUCAACACAUGGCUUUAUGUUGAAGACCUUCUUGUACAGCUUUUACUACAGAGACUAUGAAAAAUGCAGUUCAAUGUGGAAGGAUGGCUAUGAUAAUUAUAGAUAUCAAGAAACAUUGCCUGCUGCAUGAAUUAAAAAAAAAGGUUGAUUGGCAGGAGAGUAAGAUGCUACCUCCUGUGACUUCCAAUGCUUUAGGGCCAACCUCAGUUUUUACUUGUUUCUUAUUUUAUUUCCGAACGCUAGUGCGGAAGUUCCUGGAAGACCCCAGAGAUGGUUUCACUGGUUUGACCUAACCGAGAUAUGAAACUUCUGUUUUAAACUGGGCGUUAGGACACAAGUAGAAACACUGUGGUGUCUCGGGUACUGAGUCUCAUCUGAUCACUUCUGCUGCUAUUAAUGCCUUAUUGUAAAAAGGGGAAAUAAAAUGUUUUUUCUUUUAUUUAUUAUGUAACUUAUUCAUGCAAAAUAUAUGAACCAUUGUCCAAAAAUGUAUUUAAAAGCAUUAAGAAAAUUAAAGUCUUA